AGUCGCGUUUCUUGUUCAACGUCGAGAGUCGAGAUGAGUUUGUGCAAUAGAAGGAAGCUCAUACACGAUGCCAGGCCGCCCGCAGCAUCGCCUCUCGCCCCAAAAAACAGGCAUUCGCGUCUUCCCCGCGCCAUCUCUCUGCACCUUUCCCGGCCACUCAGACCGUACCUUUGA